AUGUCGUUCGUGCCUAUCGUUUGUGGAAAGAAAGACUGGGACAAGGAAUACGAGCAGUCUGCGCAAUACAACUCCUUGUACUGCCCUAACUGUCACAAUUACAAUGUGCGCCCGGUCAAGAGAAGAGAAUUUAUCGCAAUAUGGUUCAUUCCGGUUUUCCCAUUCUUCGUCGGCAAACAGCUGGUAUGCCCAGUUUGCAACUGGCGACAAGACUUCAAGAAUGAUGAGCAACUGCAGAAAGUCGUGAAAGAACAGAGUAAUAUACGACAAGGAAAAGUGGGCGCAUAG